GUUCCAGCACAUCUCCACGUACUACAUCCGGCCCUUGGACGACGAGUACAUUGACUUGUCCGCGGAGGUGGCGUUGCUGUCGCGCAACGUGAAGAUCCAGGGAGAUGAGCCUUGCUCUCAGGAAACUGCGGGCAUCUGCCCCUGCUCCCGCCCGGGCGC